UUCUAGAUAUAGACGUCCACGUUAAUUUGCGCACUGUGUCAUAUCUCUUAUAUAUAGAUAUAAUUAAACGUGCGUGCUUCUGAUGUGGGCUCAUAAGAGAAAGCAACAGCAAACAAGUGCAGCCAUGGGAAUUGCAUGUGGAUCAAGCUGCAUAGUCAGAAUUCUACCCAUUCUCUUGCACAUGUUGAUGGUGUACUCGGUCCCCUGCGCAGAUGCCAAGAGCAUAACACGGCUGUUCAAAGGUCCGGAGCACCUCAAAAGUCCCCUCACGGAGAGAGUUGUAGUAGUGAAAGAGGGGGACUUCCUGCAGUCAUCAAAUACAGAACCUUACGGCGUCGGUUCACCAUUCACUUUGCCACCAUUUGAUUCGCUGCCACCAAAUCCACAGCCGGAUAGUAGCCCUCCCUUCUGUACAAAUCUACCAUCUACACCUCAAACUCCUUCCACCACCAUUCCAAGUCCCCCAGGAUCCACACCCACAGCGUUACCACCACCACCUCCGUUCUACUAUAUCCCAGUCCCACCAAUACUUCCCAUCCAGAGCCCACCUCCCAGCCCAACCAGCAUAAUUCCAGGCCCCCCAGAGUAUUUUCCCAGUCCAACUCCUCCGGAGAGCUUUCCCGGUCCAGCAAUCCCUGGAUCAGCUCCAAGUUCCCCAGUGAUAAGCAACAGCACGCCGCCUUCCUACGAGCCAAGCCCGAGCCCACCAGUGGCUAUACCUAGCCCACAUUAUUAUUAUUUUCCUGCACCUCCUGCUGGGGGGCUGAGACCGCCGAUAUUCCUUCCUCCUGUGAUAUAUCCAGCACCGGCAGUGCUGCCACCUCCAAAAACAGGUCCGAGCAUAGCAUUAUGGUGUGUCGCGAAGCCAUCAGUGCCUGACCCGAUCAUUCAGGAGGCCAUGAACUAUGCCUGCGGUUCUGGUGCCGAUUGCGCUUCGAUUCAGCCUGAUGGGUUGUGCUUUGAGCCGAACACCUUGUUUGCGCAUGCUUCCUAUGCUUUCAACAGUUACUGGCAGAGGACCAAAGUGGCUGGCGGCAGUUGCUCUUUCGGGGGUACGGCCAUGCUAGUUACAGUAGACCCGAGUUAUGACGGGUGCCAUUUUGUAUACUACUAGUGAGACCACUCUCGGCAAAGGCAAGGACUACGAGCACAGAUUACUUCUCCCCCUUGCUCAAUUUUUCGUGAAGAAUUUAACUAGAAAUACAUACAUGUAUUUGACAAUAAUAUGUGGGUUCACUCAAGUAAAUAUGGGCUUCCCAUCGAAUCUAAUAUUCAUUUUACAGAAAAUUUCCUUUUUUCUCUGCGUUUUAGAGUUGUGCUGGAUAAUAAGACAGCCGGCGAAUAUCAUCUGUAGAUAGUUACGGCAACAUAUAUUAAUUUUCUUGACGGUUGGGUCCUGACGUCAUCCCUAGCAUAUAAAUUGUGCUAAGCAUGAGCAAAAUUAAGCAACGUGAUCAACUAUAGAUAGUGAGGAACUUAGAGA